AUGAUGCGCAUUGUUUAUAGUCGCAGAUCAAUAAGGGUUCAGGUCUCUGCACUCCACAAAUUCAAAACAGCAAUGUCUAAUGCGAAUAAAGCGACAGAGGAUCAGGUUGCACAAAUAUUAAAGAACCAAAUGGAGACACUUCUCUACAUUGAUCGUAAAACAGCCAAAUGCGAAGGUAGUUUCCAAUGUAACGUACGACGACAAGCACAUCUACUAGAUCAAGAUCUUCAACACUUCCGGACGCCCAUCGGAUGGGCGAUCAAGGCAACCGACAUGAAGCGUCUUGUGGUCGGCCCAGCUUGCGAUGUUCUCGACCCCGAAGAAGCAACACUUAUGGCUGCAUCGUGCGAUACUUUCGAGUAUGAACGGGAGGACACCAGCAAUUAUCGUAUCACCGUAAAAUAG